UGUGUUUUCCUUUUGACAUUUUUUUUUACAUCGAUUAGUCUUUUUAAAAAUCAAAAUUCACGUAGUUGGGUUGCUGUUGAUUUGUUUGUGAACAAUCGUAUUUUACAACUUAAAAAUUUUUCUUUCCUAAUACUUUCCAUAUUCAAUCAGCUAUGGGCGAUAAGGAAGGUGAUACCUUUGAUGAAGCAGUUGAAGAACGUGUUAUAAAUGAAGAAUAUAAAAUAUGGAAAAAGAACACUCCAUUCUUAUAUGAUUUGGUCAUGACACAUGCUUUAGAAUGGCCAUCAUUGACUGCCCAAUGGCUUCCGGAUGUUACUCGACCUGAAGGUAAAGAGUAUUCUAUUCAUCGAUUAAUUUUGGGCACUCAUACUUCUGAUGAGCAGAAUCAUUUACUUAUAGCCAGCGUACAAUUACCUAAUGAAGAUGCUCAGUUUGAUUCUUCUCAUUAUGAUGGAGAAAAACAAGAAUAUGGAGGUUUUGGUUCUGUUAGUGGUAAAAUUGAAAUAGAAAUCAAAAUAAAUCAUGAAGGUGAAGUUAAUCGUGCUCGAUACAUGCCUCAAAAUCCAUGUGUUAUCGCUACUAAAACACCAUCAAGUGAUGUACUUGUGUUUGACUAUACUAAACAUCCAUCUAAACCGGAUCCAAAUGGUGAAUGUCAACCAGAUUUAAGGCUCCGUGGUCAUCAAAAAGAAGGUUAUGGUCUAUCAUGGAACCCUAAUUUAAAUGGUUAUUUGUUAAGUGCUUCUGAUGAUCAUACAAUUUGUUUAUGGGAUAUUAAUGCUACUCCCAAAGAACAUAGAGUAGUAGAAGCUAAAACUAUCUUUACAGGCCAUACAGCUGUUGUUGAAGAUGUAGCCUGGCAUUUAUUACAUGAAUCAUUAUUUGGCUCUGUUGCUGAUGACCAAAAACUAAUGAUUUGGGAUACUCGAGCUAAUAAUACAAGCAAACCUUCACAUACAGUGGAUGCUCAUACUGCAGAAGUUAACUGUUUAUCAUUCAAUCCAUACUCUGAAUUUAUUUUGGCUACUGGAAGUGCUGAUAAAACUGUAGCUUUAUGGGACUUAAGAAAUCUAAAAUUGAAAUUACAUUCAUUUGAAUCGCAUAAAGAUGAAAUAUUCCAAGUUCAGUGGUCUCCUCAUAAUGAAACUAUAUUAGCAUCUAGUGGAACUGAUAGGCGUUUACAUGUAUGGGAUUUAAGUAAAAUUGGUGAAGAACAAUCACCUGAAGAUGCUGAUGAUGGCCCUCCAGAAUUAUUGUUUAUUCAUGGUGGACAUACUGCUAAAAUAUCAGAUUUUUCAUGGAAUCCUAAUGAACCUUGGGUAAUAUGUUCAGUAUCUGAAGAUAACAUAAUGCAGGUAUGGCAAAUGGCUGAAAAUAUUUACAAUGAUGAAGAACCAGAUGCUGGCAGUCCUGAAGUAGAUACUCCUGUUCCUUAAUUGUAUUUUUCUUCAUUUUAUAUUGCACAUUAUAAUAAGUUUUCAAUGUAUGAUUUUUAAUUGAAUUUUUUUUUCUGUGCUUAAUUAAAUUAGCUUAAAUUGUAAAUAAAUGCACAAUGCAAAAAGAAAGUUAAAAAAAACUGCGGCUAUUUAGUACUCUCUACUCAUUCCACCUGUAACUUUAUAGAAUUAUACUUAUGUACUCAUAAUUAAGCUAGUGAAUGUAUAUCUAUUAAUAAUUGUAUAACUGGAAUGUAGGUAAAU